UCAGGAAAGCCCAAGGUCUAUCAAGGUGUCAGAGUAAAGAUUACAGUUAAGGAGUUACUGCAGCAGAGAAGAGCACGACAAGCAGCAACCAGUGCAGCGGGUCAGCCCUCCAGGAAGCUGCUUUCAACCACCCCCUACCCCGGAGGCUUUCUCUUGUCCGCACCUUUUGAUGCAGAACCCAUCUCUUCUGUUCCCAACUAUUGUCCAUCAUGGCAGUUUUCGAAUUGCCUCUCCUGUGAAGAAAGCACUAGCUAUUUGGAGCAGCUGGUAGAUUCCUGUCUUCAGACAGAAGCGCCCUUAGACCCAGCCUUCAGUACUUUCCAGACGUCCUCACACUACACCUCGGAAGCCUUCCAGCCAGUCCCGCUCUGCUUUAACCAGAGCCUGGCUGCCGGAUCCCCCAGUUCAGCUGAUCUGUCCAGCCCAUUAAACUAUAGCUGCUCUCCUCCUCAGCUAUCUUCUUUCACCCCGCUGACCCACAGUCCACCUUCUGCUCUGGACACCAAGACCUAUGGCUACCCUGCAGAGGAGUGGUCCUGCCAUACACCCGCCCCAUACACCGCCUCUGCGUGCUGCUGCACAGCUUGUGGCUCCCAGCAUGUGGACAACAGGGUCCCACAAUACUUCCCCUGCCCCAGCACGGACUGCAUAGACUACCUACCGCCCAUGGCCAUGGCCGAUGACUUCUUCAGAAGGGAUAGGAACUGUGACAUGUGCUAUAGCUAA